UCCUCACUUGUUUAAGGACUCGAGCUGUGAUAAUGUAGACUCCUGUAUUUGCGAAAUAAAUUCCACUAUUAUUCUGUAGAGAACUGCAGCUUCUCGGCAAACUCCAGUCAUUGGAAGGCGUGGUGUGACGCGUGCAGUUAGGUACAGAGGCAGGAAGUACUGUACUGUAGUACUCUAGAAGUCUGCUGCGAGACGACAUGUAUACAAGCUGUGCCUUUCAUUCAUAUGCACCAUGCAGAUUCCUGGCUGUUUAACUCUGUUAGCAGCGAUUACACAAAUUGUUACUGCCCCUGUGGACCAACUUCCAGACGACAAUGUGGAUAACACAGCAGUGCUUCAACUCUGCCUCCACCAGGAAGUACACAGGCCACAGGCUGCAUUGCUAAGAAGCCACUUCCUAGGGAGCCGUCCCUGCCUGGAGCUGUCUCAACCACCUGCCGCACCACAGAAACAUACAGGAAAGAAAAAUGAUCCGCAUCAUGUGAUUGGUCUUCUAAACCAGUCUAUACAAUUGUAUCUGUCACUCCCUUUUGAUGAUGUUGACUGGUUUAAUGUAACCAAAAAUGGAACAUUUCUAAUCCCGAAGAAAGAAUAUGAUGGGCAUAUACUGAUACUGCAAAAUGGAACUUUAAUUAUCCACGGUCUGAAGAAAGAGGACAGCGGGCUCUACACUGCUAGAAUUACUCAUUCAGGCUAUUCAAUAGUCAGGAUAAAUUUCAACCUCACAGUAUAUGAACGUGUUCCUCAACCAGCUAUAAGGAUUGGAUGGAAGAAGAGGACCCGUGACUGGUGUAACAUGACUCUCCAUUGUUCUGUCCCAACAAACACAUCAGUCUUGCUGUCCUAUACCUGGAUGUACAGACUCAGAGACACUAAGUAUCAGGUGUAUAAUAAUGGUGACACCACCCAGGUGUCACUGCGGCCGGAGUCCUGGGGCAUGGAGCUCCUGUGUGUAGUACACAACCCAGCAGAUCAGAAGAACGUCUCUCUCCAUGUCUGUGCAGAUCCAGAUAAUAAGGCUGAGAAUCAAGAUCUCAAUUAUUUGUGGCUCUUACUACUACCCAUCAUAAUCCUAGUACCAAUAUGUGCACCGAUACUUUGGAAAAAAUAUGGAAAAGCUGCUGCUGUUUUUGAUGGUGCUGGUGUAGGGGAUGCCUCUGAGUCUUCUGGGCGUUUUGAGGCAGCACCUCAGGCUGGAGGUGUAGCUCCUCCAUGUGAUGUGGUAGUGCCCAUCGUUUCAGCUGUAACUGGUAUAGGCGCUAUUCCUUCUUUGGUCAGUGCUCCUGGUGUUGGCGUGGAUGGUGUGUCUGAGGCACCUGUGCACAUCAAAGUGGAUCCUGCAGCUGUAGGCAUGGCCCCUUUGCAUGAAGGGUCGGAGUCCGUCGUUCUGGGUGCUUCUGGAGAUGUUUCAGGGGCUGUGCCUUCUUUGGUCGGUGCUUCUGGUGUUGGCGAGGCGGGUACUUCUCAGGAUCCUGUGUGUGUUGUAGGUGCUACCCCUUUGCAUGAAGUAGUGGAGUGCGUUCUUCUGGGUGCUUCAGGAGCCAGGACUAUUGCUUCUUUGGUCAGUGCUCCUGGUGUUGGCGUGGUGGGUGUGUCUGAGGCACCUGUGCACAUCGAAGUGGUCCCUGCAGCUGUAGACAUGGCCCCUUUGCAUGAAGUUGCGGAGUCCGUAGUUCUGGGUGCUUCUGGAGACGUUUCAGGGGCUGUUCCUUCAUUGGUUGGUGCUUCUGGUGUUGGCGAGGCGGGUACUUCUCAGGAUCCUGUGUGCAUUGAGGUGGCCCCUCCAGCUGUAGGUGCUACCCCUUUGCAUGAAAUAGUGGAGUCCGUUGUUCUGGGUGGUUCAGGAGCUGUUUCAGGGGCUGUUCCUUCUUUGGUCGGUGCUCCUGGUGUUGGCGAGGCAGGUGCUUCUCAGGAUCCUGUGUGCAUUGAGAUAGCUGGAGGUGCUACCCGUUUUUGUGAAGUAGCGGAGUCCGUUGUUCCGGGUGCUUCAGGAGCCGUUUCAGGGGCUGUUCCUUCUUUGGUCAGUGCUUCUGGUGUUGGUGAUGCGGAGGUUCCAGCGUGUGUUGAGGUGGCCCCUCCAGCUGUAGGCACGGCCUGUUCACAUGAAGUGGCAGCAGAGUCCAUCAUUGUGGGUGCGUCUGGAGCCGUUUACAAGAAGAAUUUACAGAUAACUGAGAGCAUGAGACAAAAUGAUUAUGAAAACUUGAAAUACCCUAUUCAGGAAACAGACACAUACUAUUCAACAGUGAACAAGAAACCUGCAGUGAAUAGAAACUAUGAUUUAGCUGAAUUCAUCAAUAUUCACAGUAUCAGCCAGGACGGGAAGUUUAUAAGGGUAGAUCUCUCUCAGAAGUGUGAAGAGGAUGAUCUACCAGGGGAGACAGAUUGUUUAUUACUGGCACAGAGAAUGAAGUGAGAGAAAAAAACAAAAGGAAAUCAGCUCUGCAUACAGAAAACCCCAGGAAAAUGAUGUGGUGGUCAUUUUCCCAGAGAUUAGUGCAUGUGCAGUAGAGAAGUCUCCAGGAACAUAGUGCGGGCGCCAUUUUCCUGGAGACCUGCACAAAGCCAAGUAUACUGCGCUGUCGUAAGUGGCUGUACACCAGCCCGAUCCUCUUUUAAACCACCCCUGGAUGACAGCGAAAUUGUGGACCACAGAAAAAAACAUCUUGUAAGGAGUAAAAACCCGCUCCUUAUAAAAAUAUACUGUAUUGCAAGUUAUUAAAGAGGUUUACUGAGAAAUGUGUUAGUUACAGCCAUUGAACAAGCCAAAAUAACAAAUAGGGGAGGAGAUAGGUUUAAAGUUCUCUGUUGACGUGAAGCCUAUUGGAUGUUCCAUCUCAGAUCCCUUGUAUGUGAUUGACUUAUCAUUCCAGGGGGUAUAUUUACUAAGGUGUGAGUUUGUGUCCAAUCAGAUUCCACUUGACCUUUAUCUACCUGCUUCUAGAAGAUAAUAGCUAGAAUCUGAUUGGUUGCUUGGGUCAACAUCUCCACUUCUAAAAACUUCACACCUUAGUAAAUAUACACCUAUGUGUUUAAUGUAUGCACUAUGUUUUCAUAUACAAGUUUUUAUUCUUUUAAAUUAUAAUUAUUUAAAAAAAAGUACAUUUUAAUGUAUUUUUAUUGUACAUGUAUUUAUUUUAUAUACAUAUAUAUAUUGCUGUAUAUAUUUCUCCUGCUUUCCCCUAUAAAUCUUAAUAAUA